AUGGCCGAAGCUGUGCCUCAAACUAAUGAAUCGCAUACUAUCAGUGAUAAUCUUGAAAUAUUCAGUCUUAUCUGGCUUGAUGACAAAACUAACAGCAAUGAAGAAGACGAAAAUAUAGAAAAAGAUUUACGUAAUAUCAUCAAUCACCUUAUGACUUUUCAAAAUGAAGAAACAUGCCAACAAUAUAUUGAGAAACGACUAGAGGAAGAUCGAUUAAUACUGAUUAUAAAUGAUUCAUUUAGUCAUACAUUGGUACCUCGCAUUCAUCAGUUACGACAAGUUUAUGCAAUUUAUAUUCAUUGUAAAAAUAUUUUGGGCAAAGAAAGAUGGAUUACUAAAUUCACUAAAAUCAAAGCGGUUACUAUUCACUUUGAUGAGCUCAUUGCUCAGAUUCGAUUGGAUCAGAAGAAACGAAUGAAAGAUGAACAACCAUUGUUAAUCAAUAUAUUUUCAACUAGUGAAAACGCAGGUAAAUCAACAACAGGACUGAAUGGACAAUUUGUAUAUAAUCAACUAUUGAUUGAUUGUCUUCUCCGAAUGAACCCAAGUACAGAACAAGACAAAAAUGAACUGAUUUCAAUUUGUAAAAGAGAAUACCAAGGGAAUAAUAGAUUCCUAAAUCAACUUGGAGAAUUUCAAAAUGAUUAUUUCCCUAAUAAAGUCUUAUGGUGGUAUACACGAGAUUCGUUUUUCUACAAAAUAUUGAAUAAAGCAUUACGCGUACAAAAUAUCGAAAUACUUUUCUUAUUUCGUUCAUAUAUUUCUGACAUAUAUCAUCAAUUACAAUACUAUCAAUUAAAAACUCCUAUACGUAUUUAUCGAAGUCAACUAAUGGCGAAAGAAGAAAUUUAUAGUCUGAAAAGAAAUAUAAAUCAAUAUAUUUCUGUUAAUUCAUUUUUAUCUACGACUGUUCAACGUGAAACAGCAUUGUUUUUCAUGGGCGAGGGCAAUCCGGAAGACAAUUUACAACGAGUAUUAUUUGAAAUAAAUGCCGAUCCUAGUGUUGUUUCGAUGAAACCAUUUGCUGAUAUUACUUCUCACAGUGACUUUCCUAUCGAAACGGAAGUACUUUUCAUGUUAGGAUCGAUAUUUCGUCUUAAUAAUGUUAUUCACGAAGAUGAUCAAUUAUGGGUUAUCACAAUGACAUUGUACAGUGAUGAUGAACAUGAUUUAAAACAAGUUUUAUCACAUAUGAAAGAUCAAAAUGGAAAUGGAAAAGCAGAUCUUGCUACUUUAGCAAAAAUUGUAUGGAAAAUGGGUAAAUUCAAUUUAGCCGAAAAAUACUAUCUUCGAUUGAUCAAUGAAAUUCCAUCAAAUGAUCCAAUUCUGAUAAAACUAUAUGAAGAUCUUGGUGAUAUAACAUCUCAUAAAGGCGAUUAUGAUGCGAGUAUUCAAUGGUAUAACAAAGCACUAGAAAUUAGAGAAAAAAAUCCAUCAUUUAAUUCUGAAAAGAAUACUAAAAUAGUUGAUGUUUCUGAAUUCAUUGAUUAUCGAAAUCCAAAACUUGAAAAAAUCAUUAAACAAUCAUAUAGUCGUUCACGAAUAGAUCUUGGUGAAGAGAACGUAAUUGAUCCAGAUAUGAAAAUUGUAGUUAAAGAAGCCAUUAUUAAGAAACAAUGUACAAAACUAAAUUUGAGUGACAAUUCAAUUACAUCAAGAGGUGCUUUUGUUUUAGCUUCUGGCUUGAAGAAUAAUUUAACGUUGCAAGUAUUAAAUCUUUGUGCCACUCGUAUAGGUGAUUCAGGUGUUCAAUAUAUUGCUAAGGCAUUAUCAAUCAAUAAUAACGUUAUUAAAGUAUUGAGUAUAAACAAUAGUGGCCUUACGGAUAAGAGCGUCGAAGAUCUCGCUGCGUUGUUGAAGACGAACAAAACAUUAAUUUAUUUGAAUUUAGCUGGAAAUGAAUUCGGUGAUGAAGGAAUAGCAAUCCUAGCUAAUGCACUUCAAAAUCAUAAUAAUACUCUUGAAUAUUUGAAUCUAUCUUAUAAUAAAUGGAUGACUGAGUUAAGUGUGGAAUUUCUCAUCAUAAUGAUUAAUUAUACUCAAGCAUUGAAGGUACUUCUCGUAUGGUUUCGUGAUCUGUCGGAAAAAAAUGAAAAUAGACUGAAAAAAGCUGCGCAAGCCAACAAAAAAGCCAGAGUAACUGUGAAUAAUUCUUGGGUGAGCUUAAAAUAUCAAUUUAUUGACUGGUGA